AAAAAUUUUUUAUUAAUAAAAAGAACAUAGAAAUGGCCGAGAUAAUAGGUACAAAAAAUGCAAAUGAAAUGAUGAUGAUGACUACGCCAAUGAAUGUUGAUGAAACAGCCGAUGUUGUAAUGGCAAUGGACAACAACGACAACGAUGAUGCUAUGGCUAUCAAUGCUGCUACUGCUGCCCGUGUUGAUGAUGAUAAGAAUGCUAUUGUUGCUAUUGAUGUUGCUAAUGGCUAUAAUUUAGCCAAUUAUUCUGAAUUAAUUGAUGAUGAUGAUAAAAAAUCAAAAAUUUUAGAAAAAUCACAACUACAACCAGAGAAAGAAGUGGCAGUGGAGAUGAUGGAAAAACCGAUUUUGGAUGACCAUAAGGAGAAGGAGGAAGAACCACAAGUGAAAACUGGUGCUGAUCAGAUUGAGAAAAAAGUCGAUGAACCAGAAGUUGAACAGCAGCCAUUAGCUGAAAAAACGAAAUCUUUGGAAAUUUUUGAAUCUAAAGAAUCGGAAGAAAAUACACAGAAAAAAGACGAAACAUUAGAACCGAUAAAACAAAAACGUAAAAUUAUUCGGCGUAAAUCGGCCAAAUUAGAUGAUGAAAAACCAGAUUUGCAGCCUGAAAGUAAAAUUGAAGAGAAACCUUCCGAUGAACCGGAAUUUUCACAGACUUCAUUGGUAACCGAACAUGUAAUUAAACCAUCAAAACCAUCAGAGAUUUCUGUGGAAAUUGAUAUCGCAGAAACAAUUGAAGAAAUUCAAAUGCCAGAAGGGAAAAAGAAAAUUGUGAAACGAAAAACAAAGAAACAACAACAACCUGAAAAAGACGAAACGGUUUCUGAAGAUAAAUCUAUAGAGAAAAUUGAACAAAUAACAAUCACAGUAGAUGAACAUUCUGGAGAAAAACCAUCAGUUGAAAAAGCAACAGUUGUUGAUGAAGAUGAUAAGAUUGAAUUUGAAAAACAACAAAUGAUUGAAACAACUGAAGUCAUUGAAAUAAUUGAAGAGACGCCAGAAGGUGAUAAAAAAAUUGUCAAAAAGACCAAAAAAGUUAAGAAACCAAAAGAUGAAAAACCAGUGGAAGAAGAAACAAAACCAUUAAUCGAAGAUGAAAAACCAGCCGCAGAAGAGAAACCAAUUACUGAAGAAAUCAUUGAACAACCUGAAGAAAAAGAGAUGAUCGAAACCACAGAAGUUAUUGAGACAAUCGAAAUGACACCUGAUGGUGAGAAGAAAAUUGUCAAAAAGACUAAGAAAACAAAGAAACCAAAAGAACAACCCCUUGAUGAAGAAUCGAAACCAGAAAAACCAAUAGAGGAAGAGAAACCGAUUAUCGAAGAGAUUACUGAACAGCCUGUUGAACCAGAAAUGAUUGAAACAACUGAGGUUAUCGAAACCAUUGAGGAAACACCUGGUGGUGAUAAAAAAAUUGUCAAAAAGAUCAAAAAAGUCAAGAAACCUAAGGCAGAAAAGCCAGAAGAGGUUAAGCCAGGAACUGAUGAAAUAAAAACAACCGAAGAUGAAAAACCAAACCAAGAAGAAAUUACUGAUCAUCCUAGUGAGCCAGAAUUGAUCGAAACGAUUGAAGAGACAAUCGAAGAUGGGAAGAAAAUUGUCAAAAAGAUCAAAAAAGCCAAGAAAAUCACAGAAGAAAUUAGUUUAAAACCAGAUCAACAACAACCAGUGGAUGAAAAAUCCCCCGAAGAUGAGAUUGGUCCAGAAGCUGAAUCGACAAUCAAUACAGAAACAAAAAUGAAAAUAUUAAAAAAACCAAAAAGAAAAGAAUCGAUCACCGAAGUUCCAGAAACAAGUGAUAAAGAAGUGAUUGAAGAAAUCCAAACCGAAAUCUUCGAAGAAAUCAUUGAAUUGCCUAAAGAUGAUGAAGAAAAACCAGACGAAAUUAUUGAAACAAUCGAAAUAACACCUGAAGGUGAAAAGAAGAUUGUGAAAAAGAUCAAAAAAGUAAAGAAACCAAAAGAGGGUAAAUUAGAAGACAUGAAACCAGAAAUCAAAGAUACAAAACCAACUGAAGAAGUAAAACCGAUCCAGGAAGAUACAACUGAACAACCUGAAGAAAAAGAAUUGAUUGAAACAACAGAAGUAUUCGAGACAAUCGAAAUGACACCUGAAGGUGAAAAGAAAAUUAUCAAAAAGAUCAAGAAAACAAAGAAAUCGAGAGUAACUGAUGAACCAGAAAUAAAAGAAUCUCAUGAAGAUGAGAUCCAACCAGAAGAUGAGUCUAAAAUCGAUACAAAAACAAAAAAAAAUAUUGAAAAGGCCAAAACGAAAAGAAUCGGUUACUGAAGUAAAUGAAACAGAUGAUAAAGAAAUAACGGAAGAAAUCCAAACCAAAAUCUUUGAAGAAAUCAUAGAAUUGCCCAAAGAUGG